AUGUCGUCGUGUAUUUUCUUGAUGUUAUUUUUGAUUCAAGUCGACGCACAGAUCCGCUACUCAAUCCCAGAGGAGAUGAGGAAGGGCUCUCUUAUUGGUAACGUUGCACAGGACUUGGGUUUGGACAUAAAAAGGCUUCGUUCUGGCCGAGCUCGUAUCGUGACUGGAGAAAAUGUUGAGUACGCCGAGCUGAAGACAGACAAAGGGACUCUGGUGGUGAAUGAGAGGAUAGACAGAGAGCAGCUCUGUGGAGACGUGACGCCCUGCAGCUUCACGUUUGAGAUUUUACUGGAAAACCCGAUGGAGUUACACCCCGUGACUAUAGAGGAUCAGAACGAUAACGCCCCUCAGGUGCUGUACCCAGUCCAGACUGGGGGCUCUCUGGUGGCUGAGAUGGUGCCUCGUUCAGCAGAUGUGGGCUAUCUGGUCACUAAAGUGGUGGCUGUGGAUGUGGACUCUGGACAGAAUGCCUGGCUCUCCUAUAAACUGCAGAAAGCCGCAGACAGGGCGCUGUUUGAAGUGGGCUUACAGAAUGGAGAAAUAAGAACUAUCCGCCAAGUGACUGAUAAAGAUGCAGUCAAACAGAGACUGACUGUUAUAGUGGAGGACAACGGGCAGCCCUCUCGUUCAGCUACAGUCAUUGUUAACGUGGCGGUGGCGGACAGCUUUCCUGAAGUACUGUCUGAGUUCACUGACUUUACGCACGACAAGGAGUACAAUGACAACCUGACUUUUUUCUUAGUGCUGGCUCUGGCUGUAGUCUCCUUUCUGUUCAUCACGUGUGUAGUGGUCAUUAUCUCAGUGAAAAUCUACAGAUGGAGACAGUCUCGCAUCCUGUAUCACUCCAAUCUGCCAGUGAUCCCAUAUUAUCCUCCACGUUACUCAGACACUCUGGGCACAGCGACUCUCCCACACGUGUACAAUUACGACACGUGCAGGACCACAGACUCCAGAAAGAGUGACAUUAAAUACAUGCAGCCCAUGAGUCAAAGUUUACUGGACGUUGGUGGAACCGAUUCUGAAGCCCAACAAUUAGAGAAACAGUUUGCAGGCUCCAAUAUGUCAACUCUGGUGAGUGAUAUUUACACCUGUUUUUCUAGCUGCCUCAGUGUUGUUGGUAAACGCUUUCUCUGGAGCUGA